AUGAGCGAGACAAACGCCACCACUAGUGGUACAAAUACCCAUACCCCACCUAAUCACUCAACAAGUCCUGCAUUUUCCGAUAUUAUACACGGUGAAGAUCUCGAGUUCCCGCAAGAAAAUGAAGAACCAUUUCCAGUACGACAUAAGUUUGAGGCAUUAGGGAAAAUCACUCCACCAAGCAUACUAUCACGGUGCUCAAAUACACAGCUUGUCACCAUGGCAGGAGCAGCAUCUGGGUUUCUAGCAGGGGUCGUGGUAUGUCCAUUAGAUGUCAUCAAAACUAGACUUCAGGCUCAGCAAGAAAGGGCGAAUAGAUUAGGGUUUCGACAAAUGUUGACAAAGAUAUUACGCACUGAAGGAGUCAGUGGGCUAUAUCGUGGAUUGGUGCCAAUUACCAUUGGGUACCUCCCCACAUGGACAAUUUAUUUUACAGUUUACGAAAGGGCCAAAAAAUUUUACCCACAAUUUAUACAGCGGCAUUGGGAUAUCAACAGUCCUGCAUUGAACCACUUUUGCUCGGCAAUAACAGCCGGAAUGACUAGUUCAAUUGCCGUGAAUCCAAUCUGGGUAGUUAAAACCAGAUUGAUGAUUCAAUCGAACAAGAAAAAAUCACCAACUGAUGUGGUAUAUAAGGGCACUAUUGAUGCAUUCAGGACAAUGUAUCAAGAGGAAGGGAUUAGAGUCUUUUACAGUGGGUUGGUACCGUCAUUGUUUGGAUUGAUUCAUGUUGGUAUUCAUUUUCCCGUUUAUGAAAAGAUGAAAGCGUGGUUGCAUUGUAGCACCAUUGAUCAACAACAGGAAGUACCGGGCUUAUUAUGGAGACUUAUUGCUGCGUCAUCCAUAUCGAAAAUGAUUGCCAGUACAAUCACUUAUCCGCAUGAGAUUUUGCGUACUCGAUUACAAAUGAGAAAAGAUGGCGCUAAGGAGCAAGCCAGUCGAAAUAAUGGCAGAGGAUCCCUUAUUAAAACCAUUUUAGACAUUUAUCGUAAAGAAGGUUUGCGUGGAUUCUAUGCGGGUUACGUUACAAAUUUAAUCAGAACUGUACCUGCAAGUGCAGUUACAUUGGUCAGCUUCGAGUACUUUAAAACCUAUUUGUUGGAAAUUGGUGGCAAAACCAGAAAGAUGGCUCAUUGA